AUGAAAGGCCGAAACGGCAGUAUAGAGUCCCCGGGCUUUCCCUACGGUUAUCCCAAUGGGGCCAACUGCACCUGGGUCAUUGUGGGUGAACAUGGCAGCAGGAUCCAGCUCGUGUUCCUCUCAUUCGCCAUCGAAGAAGAGUACGACUUCCUGUCUCUCUAUGACGGGCAUCCACAUCCGGCAAACUUCAGAACCAGGAACUUAUUUUGUCAGAUGUCAGUAAGUUGGUGUUCUGCGGUUGAGAGCAGGACUGUGUGGCCCCUGGAGGAGCUCAAGUGUGGGCUCUGUGUCUGCAGGUCAGAGGCUGCACACAUGACGGACGGAGGACAGAGGCCGCGGUGA